CAAGAAGUGAAUCGUCUUCAUAACAUUGAUGAGGUAUACCUCGAUGUUCUUCAGGAAAUUUAGCUGAAAAAUCCAUGGUUCUAUGCCUUUACAAGGCGGAUAAAGGCAUAACGGAAAACGGGAACGAUGUCUCGAAUUUCAAGCAGUUUGGGUAAAAGGAAACAGCUACCUUGCUUUCAAAAUACAAUUCAGCAGAAUGGACAUUCCUCGCUACUCAAGUCGUACAUGUCUGCGAGAUUUGAAGCAAGCCAUGAUUUAUACAGGACUGAUUUGCGAGGACACUAUGGUUGUGUAAAUGCUAUAGAGUUCUCAAAUCAAGGAGGAGAAUUCGUAGUAUCAGGUGGAGAUGAUAGACGGGUUCUACUAUGGAACAUAGACAAGACACUCUAUCGAAAGGCAGAGCCAGUUGUAAUGAAAGGACAUCACAGAUCUAAUAUAUUCUGUACUGUAUUUGAUGCAGGCAACAGACAUCUUUUUUCAGCUGGCAAUGAUGAUAGAGCAAUGAGACACGACAUUUUGACCCGUGAGACAUUGGGUUUCUAUUUCCAUGACCACCCUGUGUAUGGCCUGAAUGUCCAUCCAGAUCAAGAGAACAUUUUUCUAACUGCAUGUGAUAAUGGCAAAGUGCUGCUCUGGGAUGCAAGAAAUGCAUCACAAAGUGCUUCUCAGUGUAUUGCAGACUAUCAUAGGUCUAUUGCAUUCCAUGCUGCUGUUUUCAAUCCAGUUGACCCAGUUUUGAUUGCCACUGCCAACUCAUCUAAAGGAGUUCAGCUGUGGGAUGUACGAUUUCCAAAGAGGGUACUUAAAGAAUUUAGCAGCACAGUGCCAAAAGUCUGUGCUAUGGGAGUGAAAUGGAAUGCCACAGGGACAUUGCUUUCUGCAUUAUGCAGACGACUUCCUCCAGUUUUGUACAGCAUUGAACAAUCCUCAGCUCUGGUUGAAUUCAAGCAUCCUGGUUAUAAYAAUAUAUGCACUAUGAAGAGUCAUUGCUUCGCUGGAGAUAAGGAUCAGUACAUUAUUUCAGGUUCUGAUGACUUCAAUGUAUAUUUAUGGAAAGUUCCAACUCUGCCAAGCAGAAAUGARAAACUUGUAACAGUUGAUCGUGCAAAGAUGGUUCUCUCAGGACAUCGCUCUAUUGUCAAUCAAGUUCGCUUCAACCCUGCUACACAUAUGGUGAUUUCUGCAGGAGUUGAAAAAAUUAUAAAGGUUUGGAGUCCCUGGUAUUUGCCUGGUGCGAAAGGAGACUUACAUAAAAAAGAGCAAAUGACUGAAUCAAGGAGAGAGCUGUACAGUCAUGAUGAUUAUGUUGAUCUGGUUCUUGAUAGUGGUCGGCCAUUGACUCAUGAAUAUGAAGGGGGAUCUGUUGAUGAAGACCCAAGAAUGUUAGCGUUCUUUGACACGCUUAUUCAAAGAGAACAAGGAGGAUGGAAUUCAGAUAGUGACAGCAACUUAUCAGAAGAUGACUUUUAUUCAAACUUUUUAGUACAGAGUACUGAAGCAAGUGACAGUGAUUCUGGCAGGCUCAGCUCUCAAAGAGUUCGGGACAUCUUAGAACAAGAAACAAGAGACUCUGAUGAUAGUGAUGAAACAUCACAAGCUGUACUGAGAAGAAUGAGACGGUUACGCAGGGCAGCUUUUUUAAGGGGGUUAGUUCGGGGUAGUGAGCGACAGGAUGAAGAAGAAGGCGAGCAACAUCCUGCUGAUGCACAGAGCGUCUUUAUCCAACAUUUGACAAGAGAAAUUAUGAGAGAAGCACUUGAGUCUUCAUCAGACUCCAGUGAUUCUGAACCAACUGUUACUUUAGCAUUUCCUGAAGAACUUGCUGAAAGUGAUAAUAGUGAAAAUACAAUUACUGAAAGGGUAGAGUUUCAUCGAUCUAGGACACGUCAAGGGAGACAAUACAGAAGAAGAGACUCCAGCCCGGAUAACAGUCCAAAUACUAGUAUAUCCAAUGAAAAUGAUAUCAACUUCACUGAGAGAAGACUCAGAAGAGAGGCAUCAUCUAGUUCUUCUUCUGAAGAAGAUUCUCAUGAGGAUGAAUGCAGAAUCAGUCAGCUACAUGAAAAUAAACUUAUAAGAAGGACUUUGGAUGAUUCAGAACGAAUGAACACAGCAACUACAAAUGCAACCAGUGAUGGGCCAUCAACUUCUUGCUACUCUGGAAACUCUGUUGUUCAGGAAAAUAGUGCCUCAGAAAGAUGUUGCUUUGAUACAAAUGACGAUCACGUGAAUAAUGGACAUGUUGAUAAUUGUGAAAGUGUCAUGCAACAUGCAGAUCCAGGUGAGCAUMGGACUGAUGUGCAAGAUAUGCAUCCAGACAAUUCUGUGAAUCAUAAUGGACACAGAUUUGAUGCUCAUAAUAGUCAAGCAAUAAAAACGCACCACACAGCUGAAGAACAGGAACACCCUUCAGACAGUAAACAUGAGGAUUUGUUUACUCAGUAAUAACAUUAAGAUGGUUAUGUAGGAAGUUAUAUUGCUAUGUAGACUCACUCCUGUUGAUUUUUUUCUAUUGCAUGGGCAUAGUGUAUGCAACUGUGAUUCAAACUGUCAGCAGAACCUUCUAUCAGGAGAAACAAGAAAGGGCCUUGAAGUCAGUCUGAUUAGUAUGGUUAAUGUAAUAUUUUAAUUAACUUUAUACUUUAAAUAGGUAAAUUCAGACUACUGUAUUCUUUGCCUUUUCUUGGGAUUUACUGUUUCUAUUAGCCAGCAGUACUUUCAAAUAAAUAAAUGUGCAGUAUUGACCAUAUAAAAUGGUCUCACUGUAGAUAUCAAAAAGAUAUACUCAACUUUAGUUCCCGGCUUACAGUUUACAAAGUUCUACCUUGAAGGGUACUUUAUAGUUAGAAAUUUCGAUGAGAUAAACUUGACUGCAGAUCUGUAGUUUUAGUUAAGCAAUAUAGAAAUGUUAGUUCACUAGUACAGAGAAAAAUCCUCUAAAAAAAAAAAACUUAGAAAAUGUAAUAUUAUACUUGUAUUCAUUUUUUAUAAAUUUAAUGUUACAAACAAAGGUGUAUAAGGUUUGCGUUAAAGGUCUAAAGAAAACUUGAAAAUACAGAUAGAAUAAAUUAUGAAAUAGAAUAAUAAAUAUAAAUGUUUUGAAUAAAGAAACAACUGCAUAUUAUUGUCCCUGACUAAAUAGCACUAGUAACUCGUGUUGCAAGAGUUGUGUAACUAUAGCCUCCUUUGCAGACACCUCUCUUGGUCGUCCUGAUUUGCUCAUUAUGAACUCUGUAAGGGCUGCAACAGGACCAGAACGGGACCAAGAGGAUACCACAGGGAUCCAAAAAGGAAAAAAAAUGCAGCAUUUCUGCAGAGGAGACUAUACUAUCAUGCACCAACAUGACAACAUUUGUCAAACAGGGAAGAUGUACAAAUACACAAGCAAUAAUUGUAUAUUGUCAUUUUGGGUCUAGAUUUGUUGCUAUUUUAGUUGAUUGAGGUCUU